AUGCGUGAUACUCACUGGAACCCGCGCUUCGUGCAGUUGAGCUUGGACCUGGCCGGACGGUUGCUGAGUGUCCGAGCCUCCUGUACUAGUCACUCUGUGGACUGCUGGCCAGAGGCACAAUUAACCCUCCUUACUCCUCCUGGUCAGAGUCCCACGACUACCUCCUUCCCAUCUUCCUCUCCUUCUGGGCGACAUCUGGCAACAUUCCACCUGCUCAAACACAUCCUCACCAACUCGGUGCCCCUAGAAGCUGUCUUUCAAACCACUCCUUUUACCGCGAUCACCGACACACCAAAUCUGGAUAACUGGCCACAGGUGCAACAGUACUUCUCUAGACUGCGCUCCCUCAUCUUCACUUCGCGAAGAGCUCCUCCACCACCACCCCCACCACCACCGCCUCCGUCGCUACCGCAGCCACCGCUGCCGUCCGCGGCUCUAUUUAAUCCCCUUACCCUGCAGCCGAGCACUACGUUACCGCUUCUCCUUCUAACUCAACCCAACCCGUGCUUCCUUCCCGCUUCGUCGACGCCCAUUCUAACAGCACCAACACCACCACUGCCGUUGACAGGCAAUUUACUGAUGGACAUUCUGGCUCUGACUUCACCCUCACCGCAGGUGCCACUCCAAAUGCCAGCUUUGCCUACGCCGCUGACCUUCCCACAAGCGACACUGCAGCAGAUUAUGUCUCCGGUGCCACCACAACUGCUCCACACGGCGAGCGAGCAGCAGACACAGAAAAACUGCUUUAAUCACCUCCAGGUGGUGUGCUUCAAAGAUGAGGCGAAGACACGAUUCAUGUGUUCGAAGUGCAGCAAGCAGUGGACCUCGAUGAAGGGCGCUAUCACCUUCGUGGUGAUAAUGUCGCAUCAGACAACGCCAACAAUGGAGGUGGCGGCGCCACAGGCGGCCAUGGAGGGAGCGACGUGGUCGUCGCAGGGAUGCGUCACCCUUCGGCCUGGCGCCAACGUUCUCCUCGAGCUCUUUCCUCAGGCCUGCGCUGAAUGCGCCCUUCACGGCGAGGUCCGUCUCUCCCCUCCCAAAUGGUACCCCGAGGAAGUCGACAAGGUGCUUCGCAACCUUUUUGUCAACAUUCACCGCACAUUUUACAAAAAUGUCAUCUUCUGGGAGCAGCAAUUUGACAGACGACGUCGUCCAGGCCAUCCCACCGGCCGGCAUGACAACACCAAGUGUCUCGCCUGUCUCAACGGCAUGUGCGUCAGUGCCAUUAGUCAGCCGCCCAGCCAAUCACAGGUCUUGAACGGAGAAUCGGCUAGUCAGAGCAACCAAUCAGAGUGCUCGCCGGCCUGCAAGCGACGAUUAAUUCCCCCGACGAAAAACAAUUUGAAACGCCUUGAAAACGUCUCAAGCAGCACCACCUUUUGA